AUGCUUGAGCAGGGCAAAUUCUUGUUCAAGUCACCUUUCCUUCUCUGUGUCUUUUUUUCCUCGUUUGUCUUUCAUGUUGUCGUUUCACAUAUUCCCUUGGGGUCAAAGCUUUCCGUAGAGGAAAAUAACUUGUGGGUUUCCCCCAGUGGUGAUUUUGCUAUUGGAUUCGUUAAUCAUUCUGAUCAGCCCAAUCAGUACAGUGUAGGGAUACGUUUCAAUUCGAAAUCUAUUCCUGUUCCCAAACAAACUGUGGUUUGGGUUGCUGGAGCUAAUGUUGCUGUAGGUAACAUGUCCUAUUUCCAGCUUUCUCAAAAUGGGGAGCUGGUGUUGGUUGAUUCUUUGAAGGGAGUCACUUUAUGGACCAGCAACACACGCCAAUUAGCUGUUGUUUUGGCUCUUCUUCGUGAUGAUGGCAACCUUGUUCUAUUGAAUAGAAAGAAGGAGGUUGUUUGGCAGAGCUUUGAUAAUCCAUCUGACACACUUCUUCCAGGCCAGAAUUUACCUGUUCAUAAGACACUUAGAGCUGCAAGCACAAGUUCUGUUUCAAGUUAUUAUAGUCUUUACAUGAAUGCUUCAGGUCAGUUACAGCUAAAGUGGGAGAGUGAUGUCAUUUACUGGUCUGGAGGAAAUCCAUUUAGUUCGAAUCUCAGAGCCGUCCUUACCUCCAGUGGAGUCUUGCAACUUGUGGACCACAAUCGGAAGCCUGUUUGGUCUGUUUUGGGGGAAGACCACAAUGACAACGUAAAUUUUCGGUUCCUUAAAUUAGACAUUGAUGGUAAUCUGCGUAUAUACUCCUGGGUAGAAGCUACAGGUUCCUGGAGAUCAGUUUGGCAAGCUGUUGAAAAUCAGUGCAAUGUUUUUGCAACCUGUGGCGAGCAUGGCAUCUGUGUUUUCAAUGCAUCGGGAUUUCCUGAAUGUCGAUGCCCUAUCAAGACAACUUCCUCUCCCAACUUGAAAUGUUUUACACUGAAUUGCGGAUCUGAUUACAGUAUGGAUACUUAUGAGCACACUUUUCUGUAUGGGAUUUAUCCACCAAAUGAAUCAAUCACCAUUACUAGUUUACAGCAAUGUAAAGAAUUGUGCAUGCAGGACCCGGCUUGUGCAGCAGCAACCUUCACAAACGAUGGAACUGCUCAGUGCCGAAUGAAGAUGAGUCCAUACUUCUCUGGGCAUCAAAACCCCUCUUUAAGUUCGAUAUCUUUUGUUAAGAAAUGCUCAGACCCCAUAGCUGUUAAUCCCCAUCUCUAUAGAUCUUCUCCAUCACUAUCUCCAGUCAAACGGUCUCGUGGGUUGUGCAUUUCUUGUCUAAUUGGAGCAGCCUCAGGCACAUUUGUUUUGUUUGCUAUUGUUCAGUUAGGAAUUGGCUACUUCAUCUAUAGAAGAAGAAAUCAGAUUUUGAGGAAAGCUGCUUUAGCUUACACAGGCCGUAACUCUAAGGGUUUGAUGAUGUUACGUUUUACAGAAAUCAAGGACAUUACUGGGAAUUUCAAGCACCAGAUAGGGCCAGGUAUGUAUAGUGGAGUGCUGCCAAACCACCAGCCAGUAGCAGUCAAAGACCUUGAAGAAACCAUUGAAGAAAGGAAGUUUCGAGCUGCUGUUGCAAAGAUAGGAAGUAUACAUCACAAAAACCUGGUGAAGCUGGAUGGCUAUUGCUGUGAGUUAGGUCAUAGAUAUUUGGUCUACGAAUACGUCAAAAAUGGUUCCGUGGAUAAAUAUAUAGAAGAUGAUGAGUUGAGUCGGAGACUGACUUGGAGAAGGAGAGUUGACAUAUGCUUAACUGUGGCUAGGGCUAUUUGUUAUUUGCAUACAGGGUGUAGGGAGUUUAUAAGCCAUGGAAAUUUGAAAUGUUCAAACGUAGUCCUGGAUAAAAAUUAUGAGCCCAAGGUGAGUGAAUUCGGGUUGGGAACAGUUCAUCCUGAGGCAUCAUAUGGUGGAGAGAAAGAUGUGGAGGAUUUUGGCAAGAUGGUGCUGAUAUUGAUAACUGGGCGUCUAGAAGUCAAGGAUGCCUGGGAGUGGACCUAUGAGGAAUGGAUGCAGGGGAACCCAGAGGAGGUGGUUGAUAAAAGACUUGAAGAUGGGGUGGAUUUAGAGGAGCUAGAGCGAGUGUUACGAAUUGCAUUUUGGUGCCUUCAAACAAAUGAACAUAUGAGACCUUCGAUGGGUGAGACGGUGAAGGUAUUGGAAGGCACAUUAACAGUUGAUCCCCCACCACCUCCUUUCGGCCAAAGGUUAUCGGAAGAAGAGUCCCUGGAGUCAGGCUCUAAACCUCAAAGUCCAAUGGAGCCAUGA